AACAGCGGUCGUGAUUGUAAAAAAGUAAAAGAAAGAAAAUAAAACAAUUCACUUCAUUUCUCCCAAUUCUGAUCGAAGUACUUUAGUUCUCCCAAUUCCAAUUGAAGUGAAAAUAAGAGAGAGUGUCAAUCUUCCCUUAAUUCCCUAAAGGUGUCCGUGUCAUCAUCUGUCUUUGAUAGGAUCCGAAAAAAAGGGUAAGACAUGUCGAUAUACAAAGCGGUUUCAAUGUGAAAAAUAAAAUAAUAUACAACCAAUAGAUGAAGAACUAGCAUGGCAAGUAUCACAUCAACGUAGCCUUCAAAUCUCACUCUUGCACGAGUCCAGAAGCUCUACAACUUGAACCUCUUAUGUCUUACAUUCUUUAUUUUUAUAUAGAUUCACUAGUUACAAGAUUUGCAUUUCAAUCGACACUCUCGUCUUUCACCUGAAAAGACGCGGAGAAGGAGGAGCAGCCAUGGCAGCAGCAUUCAACGGGACCGAGUACUUGGAGCUGCAGGUUGAUCCUGCAAGAGAGUCGUUUACUCGCCCAUCCAAUGCCGACUUCGUCCAGGAGGACGAGGACGACUUACUAUGGGAAGCGAUUUCCAGGUUACCGUCGCAAAAGCGAGGGAAUUUCGCCUUGUUGAGGCGGUCUUUCACCGGGAACGCUGGCGGAGAAGAACCAAACAGUAGCGCUCGAACGGAGACAAUCGAUGUUAGGAAACUAGAUCGAUCCAGCAGAGAGUUGGUUGUUAAAAAAGCUUUGGCCACCAACGCCCAGGACAAUCAGAAGCUCCUUGCCGGCAUCAAAGAGCGUCUCGAUAGAGUUGGAUUGACGGUGCCAAAGAUCGAAGUCAGGUUUGAGCAGUUGAAUAUCGUGACGGAUGUGAGAACAGGCUCAAGAGCUUUGCCUACCUUGAUUAAUGUUGUACGAGACACCACUGAGGAUGUAUUAACCUGUUUGGGAAUAAUUCGUCCUAAGAAACAUUCUCUAACUAUUUUGAACGAUAUCAGUGGCGCUAUCAAUCCUGGAAGGAUGACUUUGCUGUUAGGACCACCAGGUUCUGGAAAAUCAACAUUGCUUUUAGCUCUUGCUGGAAAACUUGACAAUAAUUUAAAGAAAACUGGAACUAUCACAUACAACGGCGAGAAGCUUGAUGAUUUUUAUGUUAGAAGGACUUCUGCAUACAUCAGCCAAAUAGAUAAUCACAUUCCAGAGCUUACUGUGCGAGAAACCCUAGAUUUUGGUGCUAGUUGUCAAGGGGCCAGUGAAGGCUUUGCUGCUUACAUGAAAGAUCUGACCCGUUUAGAGAAGGAAAGGAACAUACGCCCAAGUCCAGAGAUUGAUGCUUUUAUGAAGGCAUCUUCUGUAGCUGGUAAAAAAAGUGUUUCAACAGACUACGUCUUGAAAGUGCUUGGUCUUGAUGUGUGCUCGGAGACAAUAGUUGGCAGUGAUAUGCUGCGAGGUGUCUCUGGCGGCCAAAGGAAAAGGGUCACUACAGGAGAAAUGAUUGUUGGGCCAAGAAAGACCUUAUUUAUGGAUGAAAUAUCCACUGGACUUGAUAGUUCCACAACGUACCAAAUAGUGAAAUGUAUCGGGAAUUUUGUCCAUCAAAUGGACGCAACCGUAUUAAUGGCUCUUCUUCAGCCUCCACCUGAGACAUUUGAACUUUUCGAUGAUUUGGUGCUAUUAUCAGAAGGCUGCAUGGUGUAUCAAGGGCCACGAGCUCAAGUUUUGGAGUUCUUUGAGUCGCUAGGAUUUCGGUUACCACCCCGGAAGGGCGUUGCAGAUUUUCUUCAAGAGGUUACCUCAAGAAAGGAUCAAGCACAGUACUGGGCUGAUCCUUCAAAACCAUAUAUGUUCAUGUCUGUUUCAGAAAUUGCUAAAGCAUUCAAAACUUCUAAGUUUGGAAGGAAUGUGGAAUCCACACUUUCUGUUCAAUUUGACAAAUCCAAGGCUCAACCUUUUGCUUUGUCAAGAACGAAAUAUGCUGUGCCAAGAUGGGAGCUCUUAAAAGCAUGCUUCGCCCGAGAAAUACUACUGAUCAAGCGGCAUCGUUUUCUGUAUUGUUUUAGGACAUGCCAGGUCUUUUUUGUUGGGUGUAUCACUUGCACAAUUUUCUUGCGGACAAGAUUGCAUCCCACCAACGAGUCAUAUGGGAAUCUCUAUCUCUCUUGCCUCUUUUAUGGGCUGGUGCACAUGAUGUUUAAUGGGUUUUCUGAAUUAUCUUUGCUGAUAUUUCGACUUCCAGUCUUCUUUAAGCAGCGAGACAAUCUCUUUCAUCCUGGAUGGGGAUGGUCUCUCGCCAGUUUUCUUCUACGUGUACCCUACUCUGCAAUUGAAGCCAUUGUAUGGUCUUUGGUGGUGUACUACAGUGUUGGUUUUGCCCCCAGCUUUGGCAGGUUCUUGCGUUAUAUACUUUUGCUCUUCACAGUGCACCAGAUGGCAAUGGGACUCUUUCGGAUGAUGGCUUCGUUAGCACGAGAUAUGGUUAUUGCCAAUACAUUUGGAUCAGCUUCUCUGUUGAUUAUUUUCUUAUUGGGUGGAUUUAUUAUUCCUAAAGAUUCGAUUAAGCCUUGGUGGGUCUGGGCUUCUUGGGUGUCACCAUUAACCUAUGGGCAACGAGCAAUUUCAGUCAAUGAAUUUAGUGCCGAAAGGUGGAUGAAGAGAUCUUCAAUAGGGAAUAACACAAUUGGAUAUAAUGUUCUCCAUCAACAUAGUUUGCCUGCAGACGAUAAUUGGUAUUGGAUUUCCAUUGGUGUUUUAUGGGCCUAUGCGGUGCUUUUCAACCUCAUCGUGACGCUGGCCUUAACUCAUCUCAAUCCUCUCCGGAAGGCCCAGACAGUAGCUGAUCCAGCUGAUGACACAGAAGAAAAUUCUGCUGGAAAUGCUAAAAGUGGAACUCAAUCUGCUCAGCAGCCCAGUCAAAAGAGGGGAAUGAUUCUUCCAUUUAAACCAUUGACAAUGACUUUUCAUAAUGUCAAUUACUUUGUUGAUACGCCAAAGGAAAUAAGCAAGGCAGGUGUACCAGAAAACAAGCUGCAGCUGUUGUCAAAUGUGAGUGGAACGUUUUCUCCAGGAGUUCUGACUGCAUUGGUAGGAUCAAGUGGAGCAGGAAAGACUACUCUGAUGGACGUGCUUGCUGGCAGAAAGACUGGCGGAUAUAUCCAAGGGGAUAUCAAGAUUUCAGGUUACCCUAAAGAUCAACGCACAUUUGCUAGAAUUUCAGGAUAUGUUGAGCAAAAUGAUAUACAUUCUCCUCAGGUUACAGUUGAGGAGUCUUUAUGGUUUUCUUCCAGUCUUCGGCUUCCAAAAGAAGUUACAAAAGAACAAAGACAUGAGUUUAUUGAAGAAGUAAUGAAAUUGGUAGAGCUCAAUACUCUGAGGAAGGCUUUGGUUGGUUUGCCCGGUAGUAGUGGCUUAUCAACAGAACAGAGGAAGCGAUUAACAAUUGCAGUUGAGCUUGUUGCAAAUCCUUCCAUUAUUUUUAUGGAUGAACCAACCUCUGGACUUGAUGCACGAGCAGCAGCAAUUGUGAUGCGAACUGUUCGUAACACUGUUGAUACUGGAAGAACAGUGGUUUGCACCAUUCAUCAGCCAAGUAUUGACAUUUUUGAAGCAUUUGAUGAGCUACUUCUCAUGAAACGAGGGGGACAAGUUAUAUACGGAGGGAAGCUUGGGGUGCAGUCGCAGAUUAUGAUAGAGUAUUUUCAGGGAAUUGAAGGAAUCCCUCAUAUCACUGACGGCUACAACCCAGCAACGUGGAUGCUUGAGGUUACUACUCCUAGUGUUGAAGAGAGAAUUGGUGAAGACUUCGCCCAGUUAUAUAAAAAUUCUAAGCAAUACAGGGAGGUGGAAGCUUCAAUUAUGCAUUUCAGUACUCCGCCUGCAGGCUCAGAACCAUUGAAGUUUGCCUCUACUUAUUCUCAAGAUAUGUUGAAUCAGUUUUGGAUUUGCCUUAGGAAACAAAAUCUUGUAUAUUGGAGAAGUCCCCAAUACAACGCCGUGAGGAUAUUUUUUACAGUAAUAGCUGCAUUGAUACUAGGCUCAGUGUUUUGGGAUAUUGGUUCUCAAAGGGACUCAACUAAAUCUUUGUUUAUAGUUAUGGGAGCUCUUUAUUCUGCUUGCUUGUUUCUUGGGGUCAAUAAUGCUUCCUCAGUGCAGCCAAUAGUUUCUAUUGAGAGGACGGUGUUCUAUAGAGAAAAGGCAGCUGGAUUGUACUCUCCAUUAGCCUACGCAGCAGCGCAGGGUCUAGUGGAGAUACCAUACAUAGGUCUGCAAACAAUUUUAUAUGGCAUCAUCACAUACUUCACGAUUAAUUUUGAAAGGACAGCUGGCAAAUUUUUCCUGUAUUUGUUGUUUAUGUUCCUCACUUUCACCUACUUUACAUUUUACGGUAUGAUGGCUGUUGGUCUCACUCCUUCUCAACACAUGGCUGCAAUAAUCUCCUCUGCAUUUUAUUCUUUGUGGAAUCUCCUUUCAGGUUUUCUUAUCCCAAAGCCGAACAUACCAGCAUGGUGGCUCUGGUUCUAUUACCUCUCCCCUGUUGCUUGGACUCUGCGGGGCAUUAUCACUUCUCAGCUUGGUGAUGUGGAGAACACAAUUGUAGGACCUGGGUUUGAAGGCUCUGUCAGGGAGUUUUUGAAAGUUAAUUACGACUUUGAAUCCGACAUGCUUGGAGCUACAGUGGCAGUGCUUUUUGGCUUCUGCAUCUUAUUCUUUCUUGUCUUUGCAUUCUCUGUGAAACUGCUUAAUUUCCAGAGAAGAUGAGCAGUGAACUUCUCGCCUGACGCACGAGUAUGUGAUGGAGUCCAAGUACGUGAAUUUAAAACUUAUUUUUUAUUUAAUUUUAACUCUAACACUAAAAUUGUUAGUUUAGAUUAUUUUGAAAUUAUUUUAAAUUUGGAUUUUAGUAUUAGGAAGUUUAAGAAUCAUAUUCUUAUUUAGGAAGUAGUUUUUUUCUAAUUUUUUUUAAAAAGUUUGAAUUGGUUCGAGGUUGAUAAAUAGAAUUUAGUUUGUAACUUCUUAUUUGUUAUUCCAAUGCUGGCU